AGACAGAGAGCCCCCCGGCCCCGAUGUCCCUGCUGAGCCGAGGGUCCGCUCCCUGGGCCCGGCUGCUCCCGAGGCUGCUCCCGAGGCUGCGCCCGGCGGUGCCCCCGGCGAUGCCCCCCUUGGUGCCCCCCUUGGUGCCCCCUCCCCGGGGGCGGGCUGUGUGCGGGGGGCGGGCUGUGGCCAUGGCGGCGAAAGUGGACCUGACCACCUCCACCGACUGGAAGGGGGCCAAAUCUUUCCUGAAAGGCCUGAGUGACAAACAGCGGGAGGAGCACUAUUUCUGCCGGGAUUUUAUCAGGCUGAAGAAAAUCCCCACCUGGAAAGAGACUGCAAAAGGGGUGCAGGCCAAGGCGGAAGAGCCCAAGUACAAGAAGGACAAACACCUGAACGAGAAAAUCUCCCUCCUUCGAGGGGACAUCACCAAGCUGGAGGUGGACGCCAUCGUCAACGCAGCCAACAGCUCCCUCCUGGGCGGUGGCGGCGUGGACGGCUGCAUCCACCGGGCAGCGGGGCCGCUGCUGACCGAGGAAUGCCGCACCCUCAACAGCUGUGCCACCGGCAAGGCCAAGAUCACCGGCGGGUACCGCCUGCCAGCCAAAUACGUCAUCCACACGGUGGGUCCCAUCGCCCAGGGGGAGCCCAGCCCCGGCCAGGCCCAGGAGCUCCGCAGCUGCUACCUCAACAGCCUGCAACUGGCGCUGGAGAACCGGCUCCGGUCCGUGGCUUUCCCCUGCAUCUCCACCGGCGUCUUUGGUUACCCCAACGAGGCGGCCGCAACGGUGGUGCUCACUGCCCUUCGGGAGUGGCUGGAGGAGCACAAGGACAAGGUGGAGCGGCUGGUUCUGUGUGUGUUCCUGGAGAAGGAUGAGGAGAUCUACCGCCAGCAGCUGCCCCACUUCUUCCCCGCAGCCUGAUGCAGGCCCUCAGCUUAGGACUGACUCACCAAGGCUGCAGUCCCAUCUCUGAGGCGCACACAGAGCAGCCAAAGCCAGCACGAAGCUUCAACCCGCCCCUUCAAGUGUUGGCGGCCUGCCCUUCCUGAGUGUGAGCGUGUGGUGUUCCCAAUAAAGAAAUCAGCUUGCUGACCCUCUUCGCCCCCUCUCCA